AAUGAAUUCGGCUAUGUAAAGUGGAGAGACAGAAUUUAAUAGGAACAAAAUAGGAGCGAGUUGUCAUUCACAUUCAUUCAUUUCCAGCUGUGUUGAUCAGGAUGCGCUGAGUGGCCCUGUGGUGACGUCACCGGGUUUAGGCGGUCCCUCAGAUCGCCUGCGCAGAAUACCUGCGCGCGUGCGUCCUGCCUUCAGUCUACACGCGACCCCUCGGUUGUCCUCGGCUCGUGACACCUUUUUUGAAUUGUCAGUUAGCGAAACGUUAACGGCCAUAGCAACAGAACCUCUAACGGUCGUUGACCAACCGACUCCCGCUGUUUCUUCUGUGUGUGGUCGCACGCGCUCUCUCUCUCUCUCUCCCACCCUCUCCCCAUCACACACACACACACACACACACACACACACACACACACACACACUGCACAUCACCCGCUACAACCUCAACACGCGCUCACACUCACCGCCAUCCUGCCUGUGACACACAGCUGGUUAGCUAGCUAGCUAACGUUACUUCUUACUACCUGGCGCCGUUGUCGUCGUGUUCACGCUGAGUUUUCCGUAUUGUUAUGUGUAGACGUGAUUAUUGUUGAAGUAACGGAUUAUCUGCAUCCCUCCUCGGCUGACCGGGAGCCGCCAUGGAAUGCCGUGUUCUGUCCAUACAGAGCCAUGUAGUCCGGGGAUAUGUGGGCAACAAGAGCGCCUCUUUCCCAUUACAGGUUUUAGGGUUUGAGGUGGACUCCAUCAACUCUGUGCAGUUCUCAAACCAUACAGGUUAUUCUCAUUGGAAAGGCCAGGUGUUGACAGCGGAUGAGCUCCAUGUUCUGUACGAAGGAAUCAAACUGAACAACGUACACCAGUAUGACUAUGUUUUAACAGGGUAUACCAGAGACACAUCCUUCUUAGAGAUGGUAGUGGACAUUGUUCAGGAGCUAAAGAGAGCCAACCCCAACCUGGUGUAUGUAUGUGACCCCGUCCUCGGUGAUCAUGGAUCUAUGUACGUUCCUCAGAAUCUUUAUCCGGUCUAUAAGAACAAGGUGGUUCCUGUUGCUGACAUUAUUACUCCCAACCAGUUUGAGGCUGAAUUAUUGACAGGGAAAAACAUCAGCACAGAGAAAGAUGCUGUAGAGGUUAUGGACCUUCUCCAUGCCAUGGGCCCAGACACAGUGGUCAUCACCUCCUCUGAUCUGCCCUCCAGACUUGGAGACCGCUUCCUUGUGUCGUUGGGCAGCCAGCGCCAUGUUCGCCCCGACGGCAGCAGGACGACACAGAGAGUUCGAAUAGAGGUUCCUAAAGUGGACGCCGUCUUUGUAGGAACUGGAGAUUUGUUUGCUGCUAUGCUGCUAGCGUGGACACACCACUACCCUAAUGACCUAAAGACGGCCUGUGAGAAGACUUUUUCAGUGAUGCACCAUGUUAUCCAGAGGACCAUUUCGUAUGCUCACGAACUAGCAGGUCCUGGUCGGAGGCCCAGUCCGCCCCAGCUGGAGCUGAGGAUGGUUCAAAGUAAAGCUGACAUAGAAGACCCUGCUAUAGUUACGGAGGCCACAGUCAUAUCCUAACAUUACCAGCCCAUGAGACUCAUACUAACCGUGUCCUCUUCACCCAUAAAUCUCUCAAAUCUCGGUAAAUCUCUCAUCACUGUAAACCUUGACUGUCAUUUCAAAACUUCCACACCUCAUUAUCCAGACUCCUUCAAACCCCUUAGUAUUGUAACCCCUUUAGUCCUUUUCCCCUUUAAGUCCUCAGUGUCCUAACCCCCUUAAACCAAACCUUUAACCUGUAACUCCAACGCCCUUUUACCUAAACCCUGUUUGGGAAACCAGAGCCAUGGAUAGACAGACAGUUUGGUCAGACAGACAGGCUCUAACAGCGUGUGAGCGGAAAGCUGUAGUGCUAAGGCUUAUUUCUCACUCCAAGAUAGCUCUAAUUCCACUUGCAUAACACAUAAAAUGACAUAUAUAAGUUAAAAAAAAUACAAAGUAUGAGGGUGAUGAGGGUCAUGAAAACCCUCAAAAAACCCAUUUAGGUUCAGUCAUAACCAUGAAGAAUAUAGAAACUGUUUUGGUUGUUUUUAACAAAUGUGGAGUAGGUUUUUGUCCCUGUUAUACUAGAACUAGACAAGUAGUUAAUACUCUUUGGUGUUCUCAGUCUCUUUACUGAGGAGUGGUUGGUGGCAGGGAGCAAAAAUAAAUGAAUUAAUGGCUAUGUUCACACUGCAGGCAAAAGUGGCCCAAAUCUGAUUCUGAUCUGUUUUCAUGAAGUGUGAACAGCACAAAUGACAUAGAUCUUUUCAAUUCUGAUUUGGGACACUUUCAUAUGUUAAGUUUCAGGUCAGAUGUUUUGCAAUGUGACCUCAGUGUGAACAGUCAUUACAGAAUUCAUGUGACUUUUCCUUCACUCUCGAUUUCAGGACUGUAAACGUGUUCACACUGGAAUCUGAUAUGGGCCACAUUUAAAAAAUAACGUAAACAGCCAAACAAAAGCAAGAUCUGAGCAAUAAAUCAGAGCUGUGUUAAAGCCAGACACCAGCCCCACAAAAUCUAACUUCUAAUGUAGUAGGAUUAUUUGUUGUUGGAUUCAGAAACAAAACUCUGCAACAUAUUUGCAGUAUUUACCCCCAAAGUAAACUGAUUCCAGCUGCUAAACUCUACCUCUAAAUUAUUAAAUGAUUAAAUAUAAACUUGCCUACUUUAUUGCUCUAUAACUGCCACUCAACUCACAUACUCUGUCUAUUUUUGACAGAGCUGCACUGUGUAACCUCCACACCAGUUGCCAAGUUGCCGAUUUGUCUCGUAAAUCCCCCGCCCAAGAUGCUCUGACGCGAGAACAUGACGUAAUUGCCUGGCUUGUACCACUUAUAGCGUUCCAGUUUGUCUUUGGGCAUUACGAGUCGGAAAGAAGUGCAGCAGCUGUCUUGUUAUUGCUUGUGGCUCCUCUAAACAAGCUCAAUGUGAAAUAAUAAUGUUUUUCUACAGAAACACUAACAUUUCAAGUAAUUCCGUUAUUGCAAGUCUUACAUUUCAAUAAUAUUUUGCCAUUUUCGCCUAUUUCAAUUUCAACAAGUGCUAUGUCGUCUUGAGCCACCAGGGGCAGUGGCAGGCUGCGAAAAAACAAAACUUUACAUUGUAACACCGUGCAAUGCAUAAAUUGGUGACCAGACUAAAGCAGCAAUGUAAACAAGUGUGUAAGAGCAUUUAAAAUCGACAUUAAAACGACCAACGUAGUACAAAUACAAAGAAAAUACAUUUCAAUAUGGGCGCAGCCAUCUUUCACCCUCGUUUAGCUCGGUACUGUGAGGAGCCCCGAGUGGGACGGCUGAUAUUACGACCAAAAGGGGGUGUGUCUCGGUGAAAUGUCGUAAGAUAGCUGCGAGAUUUACACUUUCCAACUCGGGCGGGGGAUUUACGAGACAAAUGGAUAGCACCAUAAGACUGGUGUUUAUGAUCAAACACUGUUUAUCUAUGGCUCUGCCCACCACUAUUUCAACCCCCUCCCCGUCUUACAGCAGUGAUGUAAUGGUGACCAAGUCUAACCCCCUGAGAUCCCUUGAAAAUAUAACAAAGGAAAAAAAAACGCACAAUGUAUAGUUGAUGUAUAGAUGUUGUACUAUAACUGUAUUGGACCAUCUGUAUGAUAUCUUCUAUCUGAUCUGUCUAUUGGACCAUUGUGUUGAUGCUACUGUACUAUAGACCACACGCACUACAAUAUCACCCAAACCAGAGACAUUUGGGCUGGUUCUGGCACUCCUGGAGGCUCCAGUGGCUCCAGUCGUUGUCGCUUGUUAGUAAUAGGUAACUGUCUAAUAGUCAUAGUAUAUAGUUGAACCUCUUUCAUCUCUACACAACAUAAAGAAAAAAACUGGCAACCUGAGCCGUCUGAGCCGUCCUUGGCCGGUUAUACUUGUGCUAGACCAAUCAGAAAUUGGCUACUUCAGUGCCAGAACCAACCCACAUCAUGCCGGGCGGUUCCCGGCCCAGCUCUGGCCCAGAACCCUAUAUCUGAGAGUUGUGCCACUGAUUUUACUGGAGGCCUCGAGAAGCUGUAAGAGGAGACCCUCGUCUUCCCCACGUCCAGUAUCAGCUCUGUGAACGUCUGUUGUAGAAAUUGUCUUUCUGUUCAUGUCACACUCCACUGUGGUUCAACAACAGACAUGAUGGCAGUAGGUCCAAUUUUAAUAUGACGGCAGGUUAAUCUGGGUAAACUGAUGUCUCCUUGAAAUGACUGUUCCCCUAUUAACAAAGCAUUGAAUAUACAUGAUCUAACCCUUUUUAUCCACUAUUUCCCAGAGCUCAAGGUGACUUCUUCAAAUUGCGUGUUUUUCCCAACAAAUACUCAAAGUUUACAGCAAAUUCUCACAUUUGAGAAGCCGGAACCAACAAACGCUUGACAUUUUUCCAUGAUAAUAACAAAUAAUUGAUCAGCACAAUAUGAGGAAACUGAAAUCACCCUACCCCAGAAAACCUUUUUACUACUAUAGCUACAGUUAAAUCUUCAAUUAAAGUGUGUUUGCUGACUCACCCAAUGGCUAACUAGCUACUAUACUAGCUAACUCGUGCUGAAGUCUUCAGUUAUGCCAGGAAAUGAUUAAGAAUUCAUUCUAAAUGGCCACCAUAACAUUGAGUUGGGCCGUUGCAGCAGUCUGUUUAUCACAGUGGAGUGUGAUAGGAAAGAGUUGAGGAGAACAUGACAUGCGACAGUGGUCAUGAGCCGGUUUCAAACCAAUGAUGUCGCGAGAACUUGGCAUGUGCCUUAGCCCGCUGCGCUACCAGGGCACCACAGGAGAUGAGAUUUUAAUGCGAUUUUAACAUUUUUAAGUUACAUCGGAAUCCCCCCCCCCUUGUUGCUUCCUGAUUUGAAUGUUCAGUAAUCUAAUUUAACAGGAAACAGCUAAAAUUCUCAAAUAACUUUGCUCGGCAACAACAUACAGUUUUGGAGAGUGUAAACCAAAUAACCGGAGGCCUAAAGAAAAAAAAGAAAAGCAAAAGAAAAAUCCAGAUGUCAUCAGUGUCCCACCUGAGCUGGAUGUAAGGUUCUGGGCAGACCAGUGUAAUUCUGUACUGCUGUUGUUUCUCUAUGGACUGUACUGUGAUACUGCCUUAGGAACCUAACAUCAUAACGCCACAAUACUGCUCACUGAGGGAGAGGUGGAGAGGGGGGGGGGGGGAGGAGGAAGGAAACAUGAGAUGUCUUAAAUGUAGGUACUCCUGACUACAGUGCAGAUGAGAUUGCAUAUGCUUAGAUUUUCUGUUUGAAUCUAAAACAAAAAUGUCUUUUUAGGGCUGCAAGCGGUGAUUUCUUUAUCAAUUAGUUUGAUUAUUCUUUAAAUUAACCAAUUCAUUUAUGGGUUUUAAAAAUUACGGAAAACUUUACUGUUUUAUUAAACAGAGAAAAUCAGCAAGUCUUCACUAAUUUUCAGCAAUUUUGUUUGCUGAAUCAUUUAAACUAUUUAAUUGUUUUCCGUUCAUUUUCUGUUUUACGACUAACCGAUUUGACGUUUGAGCCCUAAAAUCUUUCCUUUUUUGACUCAAAGAUACACCUCUUGGACUAAUGGUGGGGGGGGAAAUGCAGUCUCAUUUUUAAAAUUGCAAUAGUUAAUAUUGAUUUUUGUACUAGUACAGUUGUAUUGUGCCACUGUAGCACUGAUUGUCAUAUCAAUAACAGACUACAGUGUCUGUGCGCUUGGCCAACCAGCUUUAAGCUCUGCUAUAAUCAACAUGUGCACUAUCCAAUCCUCUGCUUCCUGCUAACAAACCAGUCUGCUGUAUUAUUGGGUCAAAGUGUCUAUCUGUCGUGUCUGUGCGUGUUGUGUGUGUGAGAGAGUGUGUGUACACGUGUUUAUAAAUGUCCUUUGUGGUCACAGGGUUUUGUGUGUGUGUGUGUGUGUGUGUGUGUGUGUGCACGCAUGUGGAGUGAAAGAGGAAAUCCCUGAAAAGUAAAACUAACAAAGAUGGAGGGGUGAGAGAGGAGCAGGGUAAACAAUAUAAAUAAUAGAGACAGGAAUAGUGUACAUGAGGAGGGGAGAGGAGGUACGUUCAAGAGGACAAUCAUUCUGUGAUGUUACGCAUUGUUUGACGACUCCCUUUUUCCCCGAUCUGCUAAACAAAUAGAGGAUUGUUUUUUCUCUGGACGUCCUAAAAGGGGGCUUUGAAUCUUAAACGUUUCCUUGAUGCCUCACGUCCCCUCUUUCUCUUCCUCCCCCUCCGCCCAUCCACAUGCAGAUAUAUCUGUCCUUCAACCUGUCCACCCGCCUCCCUGCAGUGCCAGUCAUUGUGUCUGUAUCGCUAGUUUUUAAACCUUAGCCUCUCUGUGUGUGUGUGUGUGUGUGUGUUUGUGUGUUAGUUGGUUAUACUGUGCCCUGACUUCCCCCUAUCUCUCUGCUUGAUUGUCACUACUGUCCCCGCUUCUGUUCCCAUGCUGGACUCAACCUCGACCUCCGCUUGCUUGCCGUGUCUUUUGUGAUACAACUUAACUUCACUGAGCUCUUGUAAAAAAAAAAAAAACUUCACCCUGCUUUCAGUAACUCUUCCUCCGUUCUAACUGUUGCUGUUGUCUUGUUUACCUACGUACGAUUCGUCCGUCUAACAUCCGGAUUGAGUUGCGCCAGCUCUUUGUAGAUCCGUCUCUAAGUUUGUCUGGAAAGUCCUACCGAAGUUCUGAAGUAGUGCUUGGCAGUUUCAUACUUGUGAUUUACUAAAUCGAGUUGCACCGUUAGAACUUCAGAAAUAUCUUUGCUAGGUAAGACUUUAGUAAUGUGUAAAUCGGUUGCUGGGAAACAUCUUAAAAAACUAUUAUCAGUCUUUACCCGCCACCAUUUUCUUGCCAGCGCCCGAUAACGAAACUGCCCAUGUCCAACUGUCAACAGAGAGGAGAGGGAAGAGAAAUGGCUCACUCGGUUAGCCUUUUCUCUUGCCAGUGUGUAACUGACAGAGUUGGUAGAUUUAUUAGCCUGACUCUCAAAGUCUAAGUCAAGCAGUUUGACUGAGUUUUAGUGUAAAACUCUUAAUAAAUAAUAACUCAAGAUGUUUUGUUAACAUAUUUUAUGCUAGUAUGUUAAGGGUUACGGUUAAGUGGUUAUUUUGUAAUUUAGUCAAAUGAUAUUGUCACAUAAUUUUAUAAUAUGAGGUAUAUUGUGUGGUUUUUAAAAAAAAUUUAAUUAAAUGUUUUACUAGUUUUCAUCAUAACUAAACAUUUUGAAGAGUCAAUCCAUUUUUUUAAUCUAAAUUGUUCAAAUAUUAGAGAGCUAAUGUCACUGCAGCUACCAGUACAUAACAGUUACACCUGGUAGUAAAUAUUUAGUGGUGUCGUUACUAGUUUGUAUGGUGCAACCCGAUUUACUUUAUUAAACGGUUUCCGUUAAGUAGGCUGAACCUACAAACAGCUGGUGCAACCGGUUGCUGGUUGCUAAUGAACUAAAGAUGGUUGCCUUUGGGCCCGAUCAAGCAGGCUGGCACACUGCACAGUGUCAGCCCCAAAUAUUGUUUUAUGUUUGUUUUAGUAGUCCUCGAUGUGUAGCCAAACAUUUACCGUCUGACAGUAUCUGGAUCAUGAAGUUAGCAUGACUUUGUGAGCAAGGUAAAGCUUCCUGUGAUGGAAACAAAGGGUCAUCGAGUAUAUAUCAACGUAUUAAGAGUUAGCAAACAGUUAGCCUCUGUAUAUAUCUGGCAGACACAGAACAACGUGGGCGUCCCACUGGAGUUCUACCUUUCAAAUGUAAACCCCACUGUGAGUCUGUUAACUUCUUUGCUCCACCAGCUCCUGAGAAAAUGAUGUUGCUAAAUAAAAUAAAUAAACUUUAGUCAUUUUCCACCUUUUGGCUAAGCAGGGAGAAUCUAACUGGCUCGUGUGAAUUUGUGGGCUAAGAGCAGCUCCCUGAGGUUUUAUGUAAACUGGCACUUUGGUUGUUCACCACAGCACGAGCUGCAGAGUUGGGAUGUUAACUUUCAGUGGGAUCGGUCAUUUUAGCAACCCUUUCACAUUAACUCGGUGUCAAUUUAAAGCAUAUUUCUAAAAUCUGGUUUAAGGCUCGUGUGAUUUGGUUGACUUGUGUUAUUAAUGUUACUAAUGGAGCUCUACAACUUAGCAAGUAAAAAGAAAAUAAGUCGCAAAGUAGUGAUUCACUUUUAUUUAAUGUCACACGUUUUUAAGAUUGAAUUUGGAAAUUGGACGGUGCGACAAUAACCGAGCAGGACGACUUGUAAAGGCUGCAGUGAGAACUGUCCUGUGUGAGGCCCUUCACCUUUCUGUCAGUCCGUCAUUUAGAUGGUUACAAGUGACUCUCCCAUGUGGCUUUGCUUGAUGCUCACCACUGUCCACGCUUCCUCCCCCUCAUAUUUCCCGUCCUCUCUGUACCCGUCGUGAUCCCUCAUCCCCGUCUGUUGGGUUACAAAAUGGCUGCCACUUAAAACUGCAAUGGCCCAACCACCUGUGUCCGACUGUGGUCCCCUCCUCUCCUCCUGAUUGACAGUUUCAUCUCUGCCAUCUUGUUUUUCUGUUCUUGGUGGCCAAAACGAGGAAAUGUAAUAAUCAUUGUUUGGUAACUGUUUUUAGUGCUAUGUUUUUGGAGCGUUACGAGUAUUUUCUAACAUGUUACAAUAAAAGAUUGUAGUGUACAAAUUCACAUUUAUAAAAUAUAUAUAUAUAGAUAUAUAUGAGAAAUGUAUGUUCUAAUGCAAUAAAGAGAGAUUAAGAAUUAUGAAAA